UGGUUGUUAACACAACUGAUUUGUGUGCACUUUUGUUGUGUUUAUGCACCCGUGAAUGGGGUGAACACGUGCUUUGGACGAUGCAUUAUUUCUUUUUCCCACGUGAUUCCGCCUACCAUCUUAUUUUACUCUUUCCCACAUCCUCGACGGGGAAAUAUCCUGUUUAAAUUUCAGGCAUUGCAACAUGCGGCAAUCUACACCAAUCGGAAACUGGAAGUAGCUUUUGUGUACGCUGAGAAUUUAGAGGAUCACAUGCGUACCACCAAUCCGGAUCUGUUUCAUCAGGCUUGGUUGUCUGUCAGCAGUUGUCACGCUGUAGUCGUCCCCGGUGGCUUUGGUGCCCGCGGUUUCGAGGGCAAACUGGCCGCGAUCCGAUUUUGUCGGGAACGUGGCAUCCCGUUCCUCGGUCUUUGUUUGGGUCUUCAGUGUGCGGCCAUCGAGUUCGCACGAAAUGUUCUUGGUUGGCAGGACGCAAAUUCAACCGAAUUUGAUAAAAAUAGUACGCAUCCAGUUGUGAUCGACAUGCCCGAGUUCAAUCCUGGUCAAAUGGGUGGCACGAUGCGUCUAGGUCGUCGUCGUACCGCGUUCUAUUUCGUUGUGCAUCGCCUAAUCAACGCCCCAUUUUACGAUGCAAGGCAUAGGCAUCGGUAUGAAAUCAAUCCGGAAUUGGUUGAUCAACUAGAAGCUGCCGGCCUGAUUGUCGUCGGUCGAGAUGCGGAUGUCGGUAACAGAAUGGAAAUUAUUGAAUUGAUGCGACCUCUGCCUCUUACCGAUGGUGUUCAAGUUUGGAAACCGGACAUCGAUUCACCAGAUAAGGCUAUUACUGGACAAAAGCAGUCCGGUCCAGUUCGUCAUCCCUAUUUUGUGGCCACCCAAUUCCAUCCCGAGUACACUAGUCGCCCGGUACAUCCAUCUCCAUUCUUCGUCGGCUUAAUGCUAGCAGCGUGUGGACAGCUGGAUACCUAUUUACAAAAACCGAUCCGUCUAAGUCCAACACAACUUCUGGAGGAGUCGGGAUCCGGUUCAUCUCAUAAAAUGGAAAAUUUCAGUAGAUUAAGGCUGAAAAGAAAUGCACGAACGCCUUUGUUUCUGGCAUUCAGCCAUAUCAGUCAAUGUCUCUAA